UGAAAAAGGAUGGGUGGAGCAAAGUGGAAGGGCUAUACUCCAAAAUGCCAAGUGAUCAGCCCUUGACGGUGUCCCGCGACACCCCUUUGCACGUAGCAAUACACAUGGGCUGCGAAGACAUUGCACAAGAGAUCCUCUACAAUUGCAUGGUACACAACAGAGCUUUGUUGAAGAAGACGAACGCCCUCGGAGACACCGUUCUUCACGAGGCGGCUGCCGUCGGCAUGAAAGAGCUGGCAAAGAAAAUUCUAGAUGAUCGGGAGCUGGGGCUGCUUACCAUGAAAAACAACCUUGGCGAAACACCUCUCUUCCGAGCAGCGUAUUGCGGCCAGAAAGAAAUGUUUACGUUCUUGGCUGAUCAAGUCGAGACUUCGGAGGUUCCUUACCAUCUCUCCAGGAAGGAUUCCCUUAAUGUUCUCCAUGUUACGAUCCGUGCCGAGUUCUUUGAUCUUGCGUUUCUAAUAGCUGAAAGAUACCCUUGUUUGAGGCGGAAAAAAGAUAACACUGGGAUGAUAGGACUUCAGAUACUCUCAACCAAUCCUGCAGCAUUCAAGAGUGGGAGCAAGCAUGGAUUACUUAGCAGACUAAUAUACAACUGUAUUCCGAGUGAAAAUUAUGAUGAUGAUGCAGGUGGCCGUCAUGAACGAGGAUUAAUUAGUAGAGCAGCUCGAAGAAAGAUUCAAAAAAGUACGGAAAGGCUUGUCCCUCCCUCUCAAAACUCUCAUGCUAGAGGAUGGCCUAUGAUAAGCAAAAUCUACAACGAAAAGAAAAAGCACGAAUCGGCUUUCAGAUUGGCCCAGUUGCUAAUAGAAGACGACGUGUCAUGGGAGAUACGCAUGUCCAAGCAAGAUAGUACUGGCAAGAUUUCGGUGGCACCUGAUCGGGCCGAUAUUCCGAUAACCAUAAGCGAUGACGACAACGACGACAGAGAGCGAAUAAAAGGCGGAGCAAGCCAAAUGCAACAAUUGAAGUUUUAUGAAGUAAAUGAAGACGAUGAGGACGACGAAGAAGAUAGUUGUUGCAAAACGAAAAAAGAAGGCGGCAGUAGUACAAGUACUAGUGGCAAAACCGAAGGGAAGGAAACAUCUCCGCCGCAUAAUCCUCCUACAGCGCUGCUGAUCGCAACAAGCAGGGGAAUAGUAGAGAUUGUAAAGGAGAUACUGCGAGUGUAUCCGCAGGCGGUUGAGCAUGUGAGUGAUAAGGGGCAGAACAUAUUGCAUGUGGCGAUUAAGUACCGGCAGUUGGAGAUCUUUCGUCUUGUUGGAGAGAUGGAAUUUCAGAUGUCAAGGUUGGUCUGGAGGAUCGAUGAUUACAACUACACAAUAUUGCACCAUGUUGGAGUCAUGAAAUAUUACACCGGAAGUAAUAAGCCUGGUCCUGCACUUCAGUUGCAAGAGGAAUGGAGAUGGUUUAAGAGAGUCAAGCUUAUGAUCCCGCCACACUAUGAACUGCACCGGAGCCCAUACAAAGACAAAACCGAGACGGCGGGGGAGUUGUUCCACCGAACCCACAAAAAACUCCACAAGGAAGCUCAGGACUGGAUGAAGCGGACUUCGGAGUCGUGCUCUGCCAUUGCGGUUCUCAUCGCCACCGUCGCCUUCGCGGCCGCCUACACCGUCCCUGGAGGCUCGAACCAGAAGACGGGGUUUCCCAUACUCUUGGACGAGCCUUUCUUCUUGUUCUUCACAAUUAUGGACGUCCUCUCACUCGCCAGCUCCUUGACUUCGGUCGUGAUGUUCCUCUCCAUCCUCACCUCCCCCUUUGAGCUCCGUGAUUUCUACCACCCUCUUCCUCAAAAGCUCAUCAUGGCCUUCACUUUCCUCUUCUUCUCGGUGUUUAAUACGAUGAUGGCCUUCGCCGUGACGAUAGUUCUCAUCAUUCGGCUGAGGAACCAGUGGACUACCAGUAUUGUUUACAGCGUGGCUUUCCUUCCCGUCUGCGUUUUUGCCCUCUUGCAGUUACCUCUCUAUCGUGCGUUGGUGGAAACUACGAAAUGGACCGUCAUAGCCGUCAUAAGAGCCCUAAGUCCUUCGUAUGCUGGUCGCUCUUGGCUUAAUAUAUAGCGACUGAGAUUCGUCACUACGUAUUGUCAUUAUGUGUUGUCUAAAAUUAUAAUUAUUGUGUUUCUUCUUGAUUGUUUGUGAAACUUAAGUUCAGAGAAGGACUCAACAGCUACCUUUGUUUGUGCU